AUGGAGAUGAUGGCCCAGGAAUGGAAACUUGUGGACACAGUCUGGGACUACGAUGUAUGGGGAUAUCCGCCCGCGUGCACGCGUUUAUCAGACGCGGUUGUCUUCAAGCUCCUCCUCAAGAACAUUCCCAAGCGUCGCUCUGAGCGAUGGCCAUUUGACUUCAACAGCAGAGGCCAAACGAGGUUCGAGCGCGAACCGCAGGGUCCGACGGUGUGGAUUGAGCGUCGGGGCCGAUACUACUAUCCCGAGAUUGGAGGGCGAUAUGUCCUGGGCGGGGAAAUAGCAAGAAUGAUGGAUUCUUGGUUCAUUGAGCCACCUCUGUAUGUUACCAGGAGGGGUUCGAUCUACUUUGGGCGUGUCGAGGUGCCCAGCUGGGCAAAGGAUCAGGGCGCCAUUAUCAUCUCGUCGCGGGGUGUUACAUGUUUGACUUUUGAUGACGAGGACCGCGUCUCCUGGGAUGGGAUGUUGGGGACUCCGAUUAUUUGGGCCAAGGAAGUGAGCCUGGAAUGGCCUGCCAGACUUACGCGAGCCACGGUUGUCACUGAGGUGAAAACCGAAAGUGGCCAACUUGCGAUCAUGGUCGAUUACGGUUCAGAUGAGGAACCGGAAGACACUCAAGACUCCACGGAGAUAAUUGAUGUGAAAGAGGAGAACAUUCGGAUCAAGUCAGAGGUGGUAAGUGAAAGCCAGGGACUUCACCUUGAGGAUGGAACUGCUGCUGAACCACUUACCACCACCCCUCAGCAACCGUCUGCGGCACACAGCAAGACGCCCCGUAUGCUCAAGAGGGAACCAGAGUCCCACGUCAACAGUCACAACAAACGCAGAGCAGAGAUAAUCGACGUGAAAAAAGAGAACAUUCGGAUCAAGUCAGAGGGGGGAAAUGGAAGCCAGGAACUUCACCUUGAGGAUGAAACUGCUCCCAAACCACUUAUCACCACCACUCAGCAACCGUCUGCAGCACACAACAAGACUCCCCGUAUGCUCAAGAGGGAACCAGAGUCCCACGUCACCAGUCACAACAAACGUCGCAGAGCCAUAUCAAGUGUCUUAACUCAAGGCGGCAAGACUGUGUCAUGGGUGGAAAUGGCUCUCAAGAUGAUCCGCCAGGCAGCCUCUGCGAACAGGGAACAUCAGGCGCUGAUUCGAAGUAUUCGCGAGGACGUCAAAUCUCUUCAAUCCAAAGUUGAUACGUUAGAGGCGUCGGCCCCGCUGCCCAGAGCUCUAGAGGAUGUCCGGAAACUCAUGGCUGAGCACGAAGACGACGUCCUGGGGAUAGAGGAGAUCGAGAGAACGAUGAAAAUCGUCCUGCAGAAGCUCCCUUCCUGA